CAGGAAGUCUGAUUCAUAGUAGUCUUAACAGCGCAGACAAGUCCCUUCAAAAGAGUCACAUCAACAUUAUAAGUCAACACGAAAAACGAGCGUGUGUGUCAAUUUAAAGUGAUUAUAUGGAGAGUCUUCAGUGAAAAUUCCAGUAUAUCAAUGAAAUCUCCUUCCGAGUAUUACGGCUGGGAAAGGGGAACUAGGUGGCUUAAUCACAGGCAUGUUGCAAUCUUGGAUUUCUGUGUUGGGUUCUAUGAGCAGCUCCACUUUCCACCCCGAGGGACGUCCUCUCUAGAAACAGGAAACGGCGUAUCGGACCAAAGACGCUUCUCUCCGAGUAUCAACUCCGUAGACUCCUGACAGACCGCCUACUAGGAGGGCAGGGCGACCCGGUCUCCGCUUCUUUGAGAAGUGCGCGCGUAGAGGCCAUGGAGCUGCCUUCUGGUGCUGUGGCAGCUGAUCGUGGCCUUACCGGUACUUUAGUUUUGACCCUGGAGCAUCAGUGGCUGCAGGCGUUGCGGGGUUUCGGCCUCAGUGGAAACGACAAGGAGAUUGUGGACGUCGUGUGGCAGUGUCUGAGACGUGCUUGCAGCAGCCGCCGCCAACAAGACCUGCUACAUGGCUACAGCCUUAUCUCCAUCUCUGACCUUCAAUCCCAGCAACGUGUGCCUUGCUGUAGCCAUCUAACCUGGAGCUCUGAUGAAUUCAGGGAAUGGGUUCGACAGGGUGAAGAUGUUUUGCCUAAUCAGAGAAGAUUGCAACGAACGCACUUGAUACUCAUGGGCUACUUGACAGAUAAAAGACUGGGGGAGAAAGAAGAGUUGGUGGAUGGCAGUUUGUAUGUUCGAGACAAAUCUGGUGCGCUGCCAUGUGUGCUCCUGCAUUUUAAGCUUGAGUGGCUAGGAUGUUUGUUGCUAUUUCCUAGCUGGAUAUACAUUCCCCAAGCAGGCAAGAGCACAGCUGGAUAUGUGGAGAUCCUACAAGAUCCAAUCCAAGUGAUGCCAGUUCCAGAGAAAACCAUUGAUAUCAUUCCUGUUUUCUACCCAGGAUCAGCUACACAGAUGCUUAAUGCCAGGCCUCAGUGGAAGAAGAUGGGAAAGCUGAAUGUAGCAGGUGAAGUGUGCAGGCUGAGCACAAUUCUCCACAUCCACCACAAGACCUUCUUUUUCCUCUUCCUGAAGUGCUUUAAUUCAACAGUAUGUGUCCCAGUAUUAGUGCAGAAGUCUCACCAGUUGGUUUGGCAUCAUGCACUACAGCUGGGGCAGAGGUAUGUUGUGACUGCUCUGAAAAUGGCUUGCCUUAAAGAGUCUGGACUGAGGGUGUUCAACACCAGCUCUUCCUCGCGCCUUCUCCUUUAUUGUAUGAAACAAGUGAAGGAGCAGCUUCUGGACUGUACUUUAGAGGGAAAUCCAGCUGUGUCUGCUUCCACCAAAGCCUGCGUGGAGCUUAAGAGCUUGUUGGAGCUGGAGGAGAAGAUAAUGGUUCCAGUUCGGAAGUCCACGGUUAUCUCUUAUAGGGGCACUAUUACCCAAAUGCUAAAUGCCCAUGCUGGGCUCUAUGAACUGGAUAACAAGUUCACUCUGUGUCUUGCUUAUCAGCAGUUGUUGAAUUCUGGCUGUGGGCUCCGACCAGGAGCAUUUGUAGAGCUCCAAGACGUCCACCUUGUGCAGAAACCCCUGGCUACCUCCCCCCCUGUACUUGCAGCUUGUCUGCACAGCACUGUGGUCCUAAAGAGAUUUUCCACAGGCAGCACGUUAUAUCAUCCUGUAGCCUCCUUUGGGAACCUUUAUGUUCAGUUGCUUUUGCGUUUUAAUUUAAGCCUGCCAUUCUAUUUGUGGCUGGUCAGCUUGCUUGAGACAUUUGAGCAGAGGUUCUGUGGUUUCAUUCCACACCAGCAGUUUUUGCGUUGCUUUAGCCAGCAAGCCCUGGGGGCAGCAGAGAAGUUUUUUGUUCCUAUUCUGAAUACUCUGGUACCACUCAGCAAACAGGAAAGAAACAUCCAUCAAGAGAUCCUGGCAGAAAAGCAUCACUGCCCCUUAGAGCAGUAUCAGAUUCUGGAGCCACCAUGUCAGAUUCCACAUUUUUCUCAGCUGUAUACUCUGGCCGACAAGAGAUGCUGGGAAAACUUCAAUCCAUUGCAGCAACUGAACUCUGUCUCUGAGAUCUACAGCACGAGUGCCCAGGAGCUGAAUUGCAGAUUGGCCUGGUCCUACUGCAGUUUAUCUGCCAACAGCUUUCAGCCUCGGGUGGUGUUGCUUGGAUUCCUGGAGUGGUCCAGUAAUGGCUCCCUCCAGUUACAAGACAGAAGUAAAACACUCCCUUGCAUGAUAUUCCACAGGGAUGGCAGACCGUUUGCUGAUACGUCUCUGAUAGGGUGCCUCCUGCAAGUAGAAAUAUUUCAGCUUGUAAUGGAGCAAUUCUUUCAAAGUGGGUUCCCUUCCGGGCAGCAGCUGCCGUCACACGAGUAUGUCAAGGAGAGGAAAUCAAGGCCUUGUGUGCAGUUCUGUUUUGAGGACGCGACAGUUCUUCAUAUUCCUGAAAAGAGACCCUCCAGGGGUCCCACAGUCAAUGAAAGGAUCUUUUCUGGAGAAAAGGAUGACGGCUCCGCAACGGCUGAGCUGAGAUCCCCAGAAGAGAAAGUAUCAAAUGUGGUCCAGGCAGAAGCAAGCGCCAGCACAGCAGAAGGUUCCAAGGGCAGUGCUGGUGAAGCUGGCUGGGUGUCCCGUCUGUUUCUCGUAACCCAAAAAGAGGGGCUUGUCUGGCGCAACUAUCUGUUGACAUCAGAAGACAAGGGCAAAGACGGUCAGACAAAGCAAAUCUGCUUUCAGGCCACAGUGGUAUGGAUGGGCAAGCCUGAACCGUGCACGAGUCUUGGAGCAAGUGGGCGCCAGCAGGAGCUUAAGUCUUCUGCUCUGCAAGAGACCAGUGAAGCCCAGCAGAAACUACUGCUCCUGUUCCUGAGGAAAUCGCUCCGGUGGUUCCCCUUCCUGCACACUGAUCACCUGUACAAGCUUAUCAUACCCCAGUGCAAGGACUUGGAUGUGUUCGAUAAACUGUGCUCCUCAUCGGCACCAGGCAAUCUCUUGAAUGUGCUGAGCCAUUCUCUGUUUUUGCCUGUUCCGGAUGCUGCGCUCCUGCAUCAUGUGGGAUGUAUGUCUCAGCUGAUUCCAGCACUGUCGGAGUUGGAACAAAAGCUGUUCUCCAUUGAAGAGAUCCUCAGUUCUAGUUUCACAGGGUCCCUGGUCUCUUUCUCUGGAGAAAUAGUCGAGAGGACUUUGCGCGAAUCUCUUUUCGGAAAGAAGCCACUUGCAGAUUUUUUGACGGGUAACCUCUUACCCUGGGAUUACACUGUGAAGCUGAGUGUAUCACCUAUAGCUGGUUCCUCAGUGGUGCUGGAUGUGUACGUUGAGCCUCCUUUCCUGCCAUAUCUUUGGGGUUUGCUUCCUGGAGCCCGAAUUCUUUUUCAAAACGUACAGCGCAAAGUCUCCAGAUUCGGAAAUGUCUAUUGUACUUACAAUGCAUCUAGCUGCGUGUGUGUUCUGACUGCCGCAACCCACAGAUCUUCCCAGCAUUUGGCUGCCAAGUGUACUCCAACAGUGUAUUUGUCCAAUAUACUCCUUCAGCCUUCUAGUCUAUGCCGAGCACAGGUUGUCUGUCACUUGAUGUGCGUCCUUUCUCUCUCCCUGCGCUGGAUCUGUUCCCUUUGCAACAACAUUUUCACAGAGGGAAGAUGGAGCCAGUGUAACCCACCUUGCUCGCCUCAUGCAGGAGUGUGUAAAGCUAGUGCCAAAAUCCUAGUAGAAGAUGGAACCGGUGAAUGUGUGGUGGUAUGCACAAACCAACAGGUGCGGAAAAUGCUGGGUCUGAGCCUGAAGGAGUGGGACGUUGUGCAGAACCAUGUUCAGUGCACGGGCAGCAUUGACAUUCAGCACAAGGAAGCAAGUACUGGGGUUGGGAGAAUGGAAGAGCAUGAAGAAGUGUUCACUUGGUAUUUGAGAAGCUUAUGUAGAAGCCCAGCUGUCUGUCGGUCUAUCCUGUUGACUUUGAAACUGGAUAGGAAGCCCCCAGAGGUUCAGAAGGCAGGAUCAAGACAGUUGAGGAGAUUUUACUUGAAUGAAUUAGAGUUCCUAAGUUGGAUGAGGAAUAGACGGAACUUCUUGUGUCUGAAUGUCCAGGAGACAUGAAGAAUGGAAAGGGACAAAUAAUACUAUAUUUCUACUAGAGGCCCAGCAUCUCAUCUCUUGCUUCACAUAGAGGAGGAAUGAGGAAACUUCUGUUUCUAAUAUGCAUCUCAGCAUUUAGAGAUCAUUCAAAUUUUUCAUAUACUAUGCAACAACUAUUAUGUACUUGUACUAUACAAAUCUUUUGUAGUUUUUUAUCAAAUCGUUAUUGCAAAAAUUAAAAUGAACAUUUAAACA